AUGCAUUACCAUCAAAAGAGAUUGAAUAGUCUGCUCGCAGCACAAACAGCGACGGCGCCGCCUCAAAUUGUUUUUUCGGGAAUUCAGCCAACAGGUGUGCCGCAUCUGGGCAAUUACUUGGGUGCUUUGCGAGAAUGGGUCCGACUGCAGAAUUCUGCCCCAAAAGAAACUCACAUGCUUUUUUCAAUCGUUGAUCUCCACGCAUUAACGGUGCCCCAGGAAGCGCGACAGCUGAAAAUCUGGAGAAGAGAGGGAUUGGCGACGUUGCUCGCGGUGGGAUUGGACCCCAACCGGGUAACCAUAUUCUAUCAAUCUGCUGUCCAUGCUCACACUGAAUUGCUCUGGAUCCUAAGCACAGUAGCAUCCAUGGGAUACUUAUCACGGAUGACCCAAUGGAAGAGCAAACUUGACUUACCGGAAGACAUAAGUUUGGAGCACUCAGCCGCAAGAUCAAAACUACGCCUUGGGCUCUUCUCUUACCCCGUUUUGCAGGCGGCGGACAUUCUCGUUCAUAGAGCCACACAUGUUCCCGUAGGGGAGGACCAGAGACAGCAUCUUGAAUUUUCCCGAUAUACUGCAAACAGCUUCAAUAAAUCAUAUGGUCAUGUUUUCCCAGCACCCGAAGCUUUCAUAUCACCUGCGAAGCGAGUGAUGUCUCUAAAAGAACCGACCCUCAAGAUGUCCAAAUCACACGUCGAUAAGCGCUCCCGAAUUCUCCUCAAUGACAGCCCUGAGGAUAUUCACAAAAAGAUUAAAUCUGCGCUCACGGAUUCAGAUGCUGGCGUGUCCUAUGAUCCAGUUCGACGACCCGGGGUCUCUAAUCUAUUAGAGAUCCUUAGCCAUUUUGACGGACGGUCAUGCGAGGAGCUAGCUGCCGAGUAUGGCUCAUCAAGUAUUCAAUCACUCAAGGGUCAUCUUGGAGACCAAAUAAGCUACCAUCUCCAGCCCAUCCGAGAGAAGUAUUCCUCGCUUAUCGAAGACAAAACGAACCACCUGGAUGUUGUAGCAGAGAAGGGUGCUCGAGCCGCCCGUGCUAAUGCCGAUGUAACUAUGCGUCGAGUCCGAGAGGUUAUGGGGCUGUAA